GCGGCGCUGGCGUCGCGCGCGCCAGUCCAGCCCGCGCCCUCGCCGCCGCCGCACCGCGCGCGCGACGCAGCCUCCCACACGCACGACGCACUCUCAUACUAAUAACAAUGAAUUCCCACAUCGGCCCCCUCGCAGCUGUGCUACUAUAAUAGUUUAUGUGAUCGCCACCGGCCCAGUGCUCUCCCGGCCGCGAGACCGGUCCAGAUCGGGAAGCUGCGCCGGCCUCACGCCCGACUACAGUGGAAUGCGGCAAUUUUAACUACUGCGGACCCCGGGGACCCAUAUAAGAAUAGGGAUCGAACGAUUACAAUCCCAGCCGUAAGAGCGAGGCGCCUGGCGGUGGUCGGAUGCAGCUCGCACUGGUGAUGCAUCAACGAUGAGUCGCCGCGCGCGGCCGUGACAUGGGAGCGCAGGCAUGGGCUGGCGCGCCGUGCAACCGCCGCACAUCGCCGCCGGCUUGCUCCUACUGCUGCUAGUUAACCUGCCAGUAACCUGCCACCAAGACCACCAAGAUGCUGUGCACAUCACGGCGAUCCUCGGCGAGAGCGUGGUGUUCAACUGCCAGGUGGACUUCCCGGAAGACAUCCCGGUGCCGUACGUGUUGCAGUGGGAGAAGAAGGUAGGCGAAACGGGACAGGACAUCCCGAUCUACAUCUGGUACGAGAGCUACCCGACGCACAGCGGCGAGGGCUACGAGGGCAGGGUGUCGCGCGUGGCGCCCGACUCGCCCUACGGCGCGGCCAGCCUCAACCUCACCAAUAUCCGCGAGUCUGACCAGGGUUGGUACGAGUGUAAGGUGGUGUUCCUCAACCGGUCACCCAACCAGCACAAGAAUGGCACAUGGUUCCACUUGGACGUGCACGCGCCACCACGCUUCUCCAUCACACCGGAAGACAUUAUUUACGUUAAUUUAGGAGACGCCAUAAUCCUCAACUGCCAAGCGGAGGGCACGCCGACGCCCGAGAUCCUGUGGUACAAGGACGCGAACCCCGUGGAGCCGUCGGGAACGGUGGGCAUCUUCAACGACGGCACGGAGCUGCGCAUCAGCAACAUUCGCCACGAGGACAUCGGCGACUACACGUGCAUCGCGCGCAAUGGCGAGGGACAGGUCUCGCAUACCGCGAGGGUCAUUAUUGCUGGAGGAGCUGUUAUUACUAUGCCGCCAACGAAUCAAACAAAGUUAGAAGGAGAGAAGGUCCAGUUCUCAUGUGAAGCGAAGGCGUUGCCGGGCAACGUGACGGUGAAGUGGUUCCGCGAGGGUGCUCCGGUGGCCGAGGUCGCAGCCCUGGAGACACGCGUCACUAUCCGCAGAGAUGGGGCUCUGGUCAUCAACCCGGUGGCGGCCGACGACUCGGGACAGUAUCUGUGUGAAGUGUCCAACGGAAUUGGAGACCCUCAAAGUGCUUCGGCCUAUUUGAAUGUUGAAUAUCCAGCGAAAGUUACGUUUACUCCAACCGUGCAGUACCUCCCAUUCCGUCUGGCGGGUGUCGUGCAGUGCUACAUAAAGGCCAACCCUCCCCUCCAAUACGUGACCUGGACGAAGGACAAGCGGCUGCUGGAGCCCUACCAGACAAAGGACAUCGUCAUCAUGAACAACGGCUCCUUGCUCUUCACGCGGGUCAACCAGAACCACCAGGGUCGCUAUACUUGUACACCUUAUAACGCGCAGGGAACCCAAGGCUCUUCUGGUCCGAUGGAAGUGUUAGUUCGUAAACCACCAGUGUUCACAGUGGAACCGGAACCCCUGUACCAAAGAAAGGUGGGCGAGUCAGUGGAGAUGCACUGCGAGGCGCAGGAGGCGGAGGGCACGCAGCGCCCGUCGGUGCUGUGGCGGCGGCGCGACGGGCUGCCGCUGCAGAAGGCGCGCGUGCGGGCGCUGGGCGGCAACAUCACCAUCGACACGCUGCGCCGCCAGGACUUCGGCAUCUACCAGUGCGUCGCCUCCAACGAGGUGGCAACGAUAGUAGCGGACACGCAGCUGGUGAUCGAGGGCACGCAGCCGCACGCGCCGUACAACGUGUCGGGCACCGCCACCGAGUUCCAGGUCACGCUGCGCUGGCAGCCGGGCUACGCGGGCGGGCCCGACUACAAGCAGGACUACACCAUCUGGUACCGCGAGGCCGGCUUCUCCGAGUGGACCAAGGUGCCCGUCACGCCCUCCGGUGCUACUUCUGUCACAAUAAACCGGUUGCAGCCCGGCACCACGUAUGAGUUUCAAGUGAACAGCAAGAAUACAAUAGGAGAAGGAAUGAUGAGUAAAGCUAUUACGAUAAGAACUCUCGAUGUAGGCGCCAAACCGAAGGCGGCUCCGACCCCGGCGGGGCCUGUAGACGAAAAGAUAUUCCAAAACGCACCCGAAGGCUCUGGUCCGAAGUCUGGUCCUCCCCGGAACCUGACGGUGACGGAGGUGCACAACGGGUUCCUGAUCACGUGGCAGGCGCCGCUCGAGCGCUCGCACCUGGUGCAGUACUACACGAUCAAGUACCGCACCGACGCGCAGUGGAAGACCCUCAACCGAGGACAGAUACGCCCUGAGGAGACCAGCUAUUUGGUAAAAAAUCUAGUGGGUGGGCGUACAUAUUACUUCCGCGUGCUCGCCAACUCGGCGACGAGCUACGAGAGUUCCGAGGAGGUGAAGUUCCCGGUGCCGGCGCGGGUGAAGCACAAAGCCAUCACGGCGGGCGUGGUGGGCGGGAUCCUGUUCUUCAUCGUCGCCAUCAUCCUGUCGGUGUGCGCCGUCAAGAUCUGCAACAAGCGCAAGCGACGCAAGCAGGAGAAAGCAUACAACAUGGUAGCCGCGCGACUGACAGACCUCCGCGCCGCUGAUAGCACUCAAGUGCCUUUUAAGAAAUUUAGAGAACGCGGAAUAUCGAGUAUAGUGCAGUGUUUGCGGUUUACUGCUAACUGGGUGUGGCCGGCGUCGCGCUGCGGCGGCGAGGCGCGCUACUGGGUGUCGGUGCGGCGCGUGUCGCCCGCGCCCUCCGCCUCGCCCGCGCCCUCGCUGGCGCCCUCCUCCUCCGACGACGGCGGCUUCCUGCCGCGCCUGCGCGCGCCGCUGCGGCCCUCCGCCGCGCCGCCGCUGUUCCGCGCCUCCUCCCCGGCGCUGGCGCUCCACUGGCCGCCCUGGCCCCCGUGGCCCCCCUGGGCGGCCGCCUGGACGCCCUGGUCGCCGCUGCACGUCUCCGACCUCAGCUCCGUGCCCUUCCCGAGCUCUGCGGACGGCUCGUUCCCGACGCCUCCGUCUCCCUUCCGCUUGAGAUCGCUGCGACAGAGCGCACACGACGCGCGCUCCGCCGGCGCCCUCGCCCGCCCCCGCGCGCGUCCACUGCCGCGCCACGCGCGCCCGCGCCCCGUCGCCGACCUGCCGCCGCCUCCGCACGAAGCGUCGCCCGAGAGCCGCUCCUCCUCCAGCGGGUUCGGCAGCAAGAACGCGUCGUCGUCGCAACACAACCGCAGCAGUCGCACGGGCAGCCUCGCGGAGUGGAGGCCGCCGCCGUACCGGCCGCCGCCGCCGGCGCCGCCGCCGCGGCCGGGCUCGGGCGAGGCGGGCGACGCGGGCUCGGUGGACGUGCACUACGAGUGGGACCGCGCCACGCGCACGCCGACGCCGUCGACGCCGGAGCGGCCGCGCGCGCGGCCCUCGCGCGACGACGUGGAGGCUCGCGUCCGCGCCAUGAAGGAGGAGUUCCUCGAGUUCCGCAAGCGCCAGGCGCUGCGCCGCCGCUCGCCGGAGCCGCUGGCGCCGCCGCCGCCGCUGUCGCCGCUGUCCCCGAUGUCGCCGCUGGCUGCGCUGGCACACUCACCGCCCGCGCCGGCCGAAACUGUCUGCUGACCACCGACAAAAUGACCAUUCGAGUUUUAUAAGCUCAGAAUGGUUGAUUUACUCCCCACCGAGCUCUAAGUUCUAUUGAUGUACGGUUCUUCUUACCAGAGAUGUGAUGGAAGAAUUACCCAUACAUCUGUUUUAACUUCUGCUGCCCCUUCCUUAAUAAUUAUUAUUUAAAUAACACUAAUUAGCUUGAGCAUUAACUUAUUGAAUAUGAGGCGCGAGCGGUGACCGCUAGUCAAUGCUGACUGUCGGUAAAUGUUCAACAAUCAGUAAAGCCCAGAUCCACAAACGGGGGCUAUUCGGAUGUAGGUAUUGAUUUGGUACGUUCACUGUUUAUGUAGUGUUAAAAGAUCCCACCAGGUGACUGGCGCUACGACCACGCCGCCGGUAACCAUUAUUAUAAAUAAUAGAUACUUAGAAAAUGAUGACUUGAGUCGCACAAAAAAAAUUGCGACUGUAAUAAUGUACGUAUAAAAGUGGAUGCAGUGGCGUUUUAUGCUCGCACUGUCUGUUUUCCUAUCUGAUAAAAUAUGUCAAUUAAAUUGUUCGGUGUAAUCUCGCACCUCGCAACACGUUUAUUGAAAUAAACAUGGCACAAUGUGACUGGCGAUAGCCGCAAAAACGAACACACUUCCAUUUUUUAUUCCCAUUAAUAAAUAUGCAUCGAAACCUUCUAGGUAUUAGGCUAAUGCACUGACUGAAUGCUAAAAUACUUACUAUAAUCAGAAGUGCCAUACACACAACAUAAAGUAUCGUUGUAAUAUUUAUUGUGAUGUGGGCCGCAUGCCCGGCGAGCAGCCAGUGCGAGUGACGUUCACCUUAACGCUUUAGGUAUGAGCGGGGAAGCAUCCACGGCACCGCUCAUACCAACAUUAUAUUGUAGUUAUUAUUGUAACUAAUUACGAAUAACGAUUUACUAAAAGAACAGUCGCGACUGAGGGUCGAGCGCGCGAGCAGACGCCAGCACGCGACACGUGUGAUCAGUAGCUGCCGACAGAGUUCCUGCUGAGAGGUUGCGCAUUCGAGCUUCAGUCCCGACUGUUCGUUUAUAAUAUACAACAAAAUAAUCAUUAAGUAGAUUUUAGAAAUAAUUUAGAUUGAUACAAAACGUGUAAACUCAGUUUUGUUUGAUUUUUUAAUGAAUUAUUGUUUUACAAGUACAAAUUUAUUUUAUUACAUUAUUUUUAUUUAUGUAGUUACAACAAUUUAAAAUGAACAACUGUACAUAUGUAAAAACAUAUUAGAUAUUACCUAUAUACAUUUAUUUAUUUAGGUGUGGUGUGGUAUGAUUGAGGUUCUGGAGAACUGUUCGCCAGUGCUUGUGACUUGCGAGGCACUCGACACUGUCGCCAUUAGACACUGCCGACUUAGGAACUUCCCACAAUUAUAUUUACUAUCUCUUAUAUUAAUGAACUUAUUUUUUUAUCUUGUGUGGCUGAUGACUUAUUGAUUAAUGUUAUGAAGAUGCGACUUGAUGUGUCAAUGCCCGAAGUAAUCGCAAAGGUUCAGUCAAUUGUUUUGGACUUCACUCAAACGAUGAGUAAUUUUUUUAAAGAAUUUUUGUAUGUAAUUUUUUAAGCCCAUUUCUGAAAUUCAUUGGGAGUUAACAUUUACUGUAUGUUUGUUAUGUCACAAAAAUAAUAUUAAUAUUUUAAUGAUGAUCGGUUCCUUGAAUAAUCCCACCUAUGUAGUUGACCAGUCAAAACCAAGACUGUUUAGUAUUAUGUUCGUUAUUAGGUUUACUUAUUGUGUCAAAUGUGCUCUUAGAUAUUUCCUUGCAUGCAUGUUGCACUUUUUGUACCUAUUGUUUGUAACGCAGAAUUUUUUAUUCGGAUAUCGAGUUAAGGACCUCCUAAAAAUAAGUAUAAAAAUGUACGCUUUAAAGAAAUUGGAAUAAAAUUACUCAUAACAAAUAGAUAGGUAGGUAUGAUAAGGUGUAGUUAGUUGUGCGUGCAUGGAAGCGUCUGACUCGGAGCACAGACGCGGGCGCCGCGUGCGUCGCUGUACCGCGGAGUGACGCGAGCGCAUCACUGUUCACUGCUCACGACGCGACGGUGUACACUUAAGCUACGUAUAACGACACAAUAGAACCUUGUUUUGUUUUUAUUAAUUUUUUACUUGUUCUCUAAGUAACUUCCGCCAUAGCAUACACUUAGAAUAUUAGGAUCGACGAUUUGUGCAAUAAAUUAUCCAUUGUUCACUAUAAAUAAAUUAUGAUAUGUUUAAAUAAUUAUGUAUGUAUAUGCUCAAUAUUUUCGACUGACCAACUGUAAAAAAUACUAUCGAGAAAUGUCUAAAUCAAUAUUGUUUAUUGCGAAUUUAUUAGUUAUGCUUUGUUAUUAGAGAAGAAUACUUUGCAAUUCGUUGAUAAGAAGUAAUGUAGAAUACUUAUCGCGAACAGACAACUGUUGGGCUAGCUUACAAGGAGGCCGUGUGGCGGGCAGUAGGGUGCACGUGCCUACAUCGUCAUUCUUAUUGUUUGGUUGACCGUGGCGGGCAUAUCACGAAUCUAAAAAAUAGUCCUGUUUUUAAUGUUUGAUCUUUUAGUAUAAUACUUAUAGAAUUGUAAAUAUUUGUUUUAUUGAUUUCAUGUCAUUCGGCGAGUGAUAUAAAGUGACCACAAUAUAUAUCGCACACAAUACGUAGGUGCACGACUACAUUCAAGUAGUUUGCGUAGGUUUUAUAUAAUAAUGCCUAAAUCACUCGUUUUACUGAAAUUAUAUUUAAAUGCGAUCAUUGUAACAACCACCAAGACUUGAAAUUCAAUUAACGUGAGCUGUUCACAACGUAUGUACCUACUUAGGUAUUAUUUUGACAAAUUUAUUAUAAUUGUACGUACGAAAGUAAGAAACAAGAGUAAUAUAUACAUAUAGCUCAAACCAUGUGAUAUCUAGUCUUUUCCAUUAUAAAAUUAUCCUUCCUUUACAUACUAAAAUUAUCAUUAAAAAUCGCAUUUUCACUUAUUUUAACCUUUUCAGAUAAUUUGGAUAUGACUGCCUACUAUUUCUCUGAAAUCGAAUCGAUCUGAAAAUGUCGAAGUUACACUAAAGUAAGCCCAAUGUCGAAGCACAUGCAUUUCUUGAACGGUCUACACACUGAACUUUUCUCGUCCAUUUAUUUCAUAAACAUAAGUAAAGGCUAAGAAGCAUUACUGAAUAAAUAGCCCAAACAUCAUUCGACAAUUUCUAGACUAAAAUGAAAAAGAUAGCAAUAUUUUAGAUUAAUGUAACUAAAUCGUAUUUAUCAGUUUGUAUAAAGGAAAGUAAUUAAACGAAGUUAUUGCACAUUGGCAGAAUGUAUUGCGGUGAAACAGGGCACCCAACUCUUAAAAACUUAAGGCAUAAUGCACAAUAUCUCAGCACAAUAAGUGAUAUUAUAAAAAUACUCGAAUCUUCAAAAUAUCAUACUGAGCACUUUAACUGUUACUCCAAUGAAUCCACAAUAAGUUUGCCUCGAUUGAAAGAAAAUAUGCACAAGCAACAUUUUUAUAACUCGAGUAUAAAUCCAUUUUCAUUUAUAGAAUAUUUUUAGUUAUAAGUGUUGAGAUCAUGUGUUUACUGUGUAAGCACAAAAAGGAUUCAAUUCAAAAAAAUAAAAAUACAAUAACGUUGCUAUGAUUA